AUGCUUUAUGCUCAAAAUAAAGUAAAGUUCUUGGAAUGUCAGGAUGACAUCACAGUUGAACCAUGUUCUGAAGAAGUGAAAUCUACAGAAGAAACUUAUGAGAAGCUCCCUGAUGAUGAUAACCAAGGUAUUAAAGAGGAAAUGGAUGUUGAGAGAACAUCAGAUGAUUUGAUGCCAGUGGAUGCCUUAGAUAAUGAAAGCCAACAUGAAAUGCAAAAACAAGACAAAAUACCUACUGGUGCAUUGAGAACAGUGAAUGAAGUGCUCCCUGACUAUAAUCUAGUGAUUAGUCUGCCGAUUAAUAGAGAAACUGUGCACAAUGCAAAUCCUCCAGUUGCAUCAAUAAAUGACACUGAAGUUGAAGAAAAUAAAGACCCUUUUAUUACAGAUAAUGCUGGUAAAGAUAAUAAUAGAAAUAGCAAUAUAUCAUUCUCAAUAAAGAGAAAUGCAUCAGAUGAAGAGUUUUUUACAAGCAAAGAAUUCAUAGGACCAAUUUACAAGCCUGCCAAUAGCAACAAACAGGAAGAAUCUGGGAGUUGCAAUGAAGGUAGUAGCAGUGUUGGAGAUCAGAACAAAUUGCAUGAAAAGAGAGCUAAAAGAAAGGAGGCAAAGAAGUUGCAGACUAUUUCUUCUGCUGUACCAGAAAUAGAUGAUGAACUGGACCAGUUCUAUAAAGAAAUUUACCAGUUGGAAAGCGAAAAUUUAGAAACUGCUGUUGAGGAAAAAGAAAUAGAAACUUCUCAGGAACAAUAUUCACCGUAUAACUGUAGUCAAACCUCACAAGAGGAUUAUCAACAUGAAUUGUUGGGCAGCCCACAACUGUUUUACGAGACUGGACAUUGUUUCUCUGGGGAGCAGAAAACUGAGAAAACAAAUGAGCGGGAGUUUGUCCUGGAAACAAGUGGCUGGAAAACUGAAAAUACCCUUGAUGGACAAGCAGAUUCUAGAUAUUGGAACUACUCCGUGCCUGAAUUCAGACCUGCUUGGCAGUCAGCAGAGUCUUUCAUAGUACCUCAGGGUCCUCUUGCUCCUAGAUUCAACCAUCCAUCUCAUUUUCAGAUACUUAAUUACCCACCAGAAAAAACAAAUGCUUUCCCUUCUCAGAAUGGUGAACUUUUAAAUAAAAAUUAUUAUGGUUACCAUGGACAUACUAACAUCAACGAUCAUGGUCCAUUGUUUGAUCAAAGUACCAACUGUACUGAUAGCCAUACUACUCAGGUCUUCAGAAAUGAAAAUAAUGAACAGAACAGACUCCAAAAUAAUGAGCAGAAUCAACUCCAAAAUAAUGGUUUCUAUGAAACCAGAGAAGAGUGUUGGAAGGAUCCAAAAGCUGACAAUACAGAAGGAAUACACAGCUUUUCUUCCUUGAAGUUACGCGAAGAAAGAUUUGGUUGUUCACAGAAAUGGCUUCUAAUCUUAAGAGGCCUACCUGGUUCAGGGAAAUCAACACUUUCUCGUAUUCUGCUUGGUCAAAGCCAUGAUGGCAUUAUAUUCAGCACUGAUGAUUAUUUUCGUCAGCAAGAUGGAUAUACAUACAAUGCUGCUCAGCUUGGUGAUGCCCAUGACUGGAACCAGAAGAGAGCAAAACAAGCAAUGGAGCAGGGAAAAUCUCCAGUUAUAAUAGACAACACUAAUACUCAAGCCUGGGAAAUGAAGCCAUAUGUGGAAGUGGCUCUGGAAAAGGGGUACAGAGUGGAGUUCCAUGAGCCAGAUACUUGGUGGAAGUUUGAUCCUGAAGAAUUGGAAAAGAGGAAUAAACAUGGGGUCACUCGUGAGAAGAUUGCUCAGAUGUUGGAACGAUACGAAUAUCAAAUAUCCAUACCUAUUGUCAUGAAUUCAGUGGUACCUCCCCACAAAAACACUCAAAGGCCACCUCUGCAGCGAAGACAUAGGUGGGGAGGCAAUACAGACUCUUGGGAUUCUUUCAGUAUUUCCAGUAGCCGAUAACACAGUUGCAGUCACUUAAUAUAAAUGUUACUUGCUCUUCUAAAAUGCAUCAUCACCUCCAAUAAAGCAGUAGAUCUUCUUUUUUUCAUAUAGGCCUAUUUCAAGGCCAUUUUCUUCUGGAGGUUGUUCCUUUAAUCAACUUGCGUGUAAAUAAAAUUGUACAUUAAAUGUUUUUUUAAAACUAUAUUUGUUACAAUUAUAAUGACUUUGACUUUAGUAAAAUAUUUCAUAU